AUGCGCCUUCCUUACUAUCUCUUUAUCGGCACUGCUGGCCUGUUGGCCUCUGUCGAUGCCACCAGCAUUCCCCGCUCAUCUGAACACACGUCCGGCUCAACAUCAUCGUUGAUAGCCACUCAAUUCGGAACAGUAUUUGACACAUCUAUGGUGAUUGGGAAUCAGACUUUCCAGAUGCUUGUUGAUACUGGUAGCAGCGACACCUAUGUUAUGAGGAAUGGUUUUGAUUGCAUUAAUGCAACGAGUAACCUGGUCAUCCCCGAGGCAGAUUGUCUCUACAAAAACAAAACCUACCACAAUUCUCGCACCCAUCGCCACAUUCCUGGUCAGAUGUUUGGCAUCCAGUACGGUGCUGGACUUGCAAGUGGAGAAAUGGCAUACGAGGACGUGACUCUCAGCGGCAUCACCGUCAAGGGACAGAAAAUUGGCAUUGCCAAUAUCUCCAACCCGAUGGGCGACGGCGUGAACAGUGGCCUGCUUGGUCUGGCAUAUCCCUCAAUUACUUCAGCGCACCCGGCAAACCAUUCUUCCAAUGAAACCUAUUGGUUCGACAGGCUGCCAUAUAACCCACUUGUGUACACAAUGUACGAAAAGGGCCUGAUCGAUCCCUAUUUCAGCCUUGCAUUGGCGCACACUCCUCAGAAUUCCUCUACUGCCUUUGGCGGAUACCUGACUAUUGGCGGCCUCCCACCUGUCAACCACAGCUCCGAAUUCACCACCGUCCCCGUGGAGAUUCUGAAAGAUAUCCCCACAAGCUUCACAUCUGGGAAACGCGCUAGAUCAUACUGGGCAACUACAAUCAGAGAAGUCAAAUAUGGUUCUUCCUCCGAAAGCUUGACCACAAACUCGACUUCUUUCCAAGUAUUCAUCGAUUCCGGCAACUAUAUCCAGUAUUUACCGUCCGGAGUUGUGGAGCCCAUCAACGCUCUAUUUGACCCCCCCGCAAAGUACAACGCGGAUUACGGGGCUUAUGUCGUUGAUUGCUCUGCGAAAGCCCCGCAGUUCGGAUUUACACUGGGCAAUCAGACAUUUUUCCACAAUGGUGAAGAUUUAAUCUAUCAGACCGGCGAGGGCUUUUGCAUCACCAACAUCGCCUCGUCAGAGGCUGUUUCCCUGGCGGGCGGGAUAACACUUAAUGUUAUUGGAGUUCCCUUCCUCAAAAACGUUGUUGCUGUGCAUGACUUCGGAAAGAAUGAAAUGAGGUUUGCGAAAUUGUUGGAUUCUAACUCUACCACUUCGGGGACUGCUGCGGCUGGAAGCGGAACUCCUGCCUCUUCUCUUGGCUCGAAGUCUGUGGAGCGAGUUUCUUGGGUGCAAGUUGCAAUGGCUGCAGGCGCAGGUUUGUCAUUUAUCUUUUGA